ACUCUCUUUUCCCUUGUCCGACGAGAAUCGAAAUCUGGAAACUCAUAUGCGAAGACCAAGUUAGAAGUCCGGAAAUUUCAAAAAUACAUCUCAACAAUUACCAGAAGUCUAUACCACGCUUAUGCAGAGGUGCAUGAAAAGGCAGAGACUUAGCCCAGCUCCGCAGUCAAUGUCCCCGUCACCACCACCGCAUCACCGUCUUUCUCCUGAACAAGAACUUUCCGUCAUGGUCUCGCGCCUUAAAAACGUCAUCACUGGUUCCACGCCCACCACCUUCACCGGAACCGCCGUUGAUUUUCCUUUCCAAUUCGGUGCCUCCGGGGCUUCUACUUCUACUGUUGCUGCUGGGUACAACGCUGAUUGUGGAAACAUGGUACUCCAAGCGAGUGAAGUCAUGGACAAGUGCCACGUGUGCAAAUUUGACGGUUGCCGGUGCAAUCUUUUCCCGCCAAGUCAGCAAGAAGUAAAAAAGGGGAGUACUACUAAAACUAAACGAGUAAAGAAAAACUACAGGGGCGUAAGGCAAAGGCCAUGGGGCAAAUGGGCCGCGGAGAUUCGAGAUCCGAGACGCGCUACACGGGUAUGGCUUGGAACCUUCAACACGGCGGAAGAAGCAGCUCGGGCUUACGAUAAAGCAGCCAUUGAUUUCCGUGGACCCAGAGCUAAACUUAACUUCCCAUUUCCUGAUAGCAGCAGCAAUGGCACUGUCACAACAACACCACCACCACCACCAGGAGCAGCGACAACAACAGUAACAACUGCUGUUGGGCUUGAUCAAGGAAACAGUAGCUCGUUACAUGUGCAACAAGAGAGUGAGAGAAAUGCGAUCAGCUUGGAAAGGAACGCGGAAUUGGGUUUCGGGACUGAUCAGUUUUGGGAUGGAAUAGGCGAAUUAGAUGAGAUUCAGCAAUGGAUGAUGACGAUGACUGAUUUUGGUGGGGACAAUAAUUCGUCAGAUUCUGCUACAACCACCGGAAAUGCUAAUAGUUAUUAAGUUUGAGGCCAAAUAUUAUGAAUCUGGUGUAAGCAGGCGACUUCAUCUUCUACAUAUUUCUUUCCUCAUGGCUUCCGGUAAAGAACUCAAAGUUAUGCUGUUUGCAGAGGAGGUUUAUUAAAUUUUAUGCGGGCGGUUGGCUCUUUCUUAUUUUAUUAGUUGCAAGAAAGAGUUUAAUCAAGGUGAUAAAACUUUGUGGGAUGUUACGUGAUUAAAUUAGUGCAUAAUUGUAACUUCUCUUUGUCUACUAGAUAGGACGUACUUCUGCUGUAGAUCAUUCAUUAUUAAUCACUACAAUCUCUUUGCAAGA